AUAUUUCCACAGAAAACUUUAUUCAUUUUCAUAUAAACAUAACCUUUUAGCAGGUUUGGUGUAAACGAACAAAAAUAAUCAAACAACGCUUAGUUUAGUGUUUGAUUAUGCCAACAUUAUACACAGAUAUACGUUAUUUAUAAAAUAAUAUUACUGGAAAAUUUGAUCAUAAUGAAUUCAAGGGAUUAAGAAUCUUUUUUAAUGAGUUUGAUGACUAUACGCUUCAUCUCAGGUCUCAUCCGAUUUUAUUUUCCUUUUUCAGAAAAAAAAAACGAAAUUCAACUAUAAAUAACGCGAGUCGUCUUGUAGUUUGGAAUUUUCUCCACCAACUACAACUGCAAGUUUGCAACAUAUCCCUCUCUCUCCUUCCCUAACCUACCAAAAUCAGGUAGUAAUAUGCUACAACACGGAGCCGCCGCCAUGGAGGCCGGAGUAGCAGCAGCUGACAUGGCCGGCGUAAGGAAGAGAGAAAGACCAUACAAAGGGAUAAGGAUGAGAAAAUGGGGAAAAUGGGUGGCGGAGAUUCGGGAGCCCAACAAACGUUCAAGGCUAUGGCUCGGCUCUUACUCUACCCCAGAGGCGGCGGCGCGUGCAUACGACACGGCGGUUUUCUACCUGAGAGGACCUACCGCAACGCUCAAUUUUCCGGAGCUUAUACCGAGCAUCGAGAAAUCCUCAGUCGAGGACAUGUCGGCGGCAGCGAUCAGGAGAAAGGCAACGGAGGUCGGAGCUGAAGUAGACGCGUACGGGAUGGCGGUGAUGAACAGCAAACGGCGCCGCGUUUUUGGUCAGAAGUGUGACUAUGUUGGCGGGUUAUUGGAGCGGGUUGACUUGAACAAGUUACCUUACCCGGAAAAUCAGGAUAAUGAUGUGGUGGGAAAAUAAGAGUACUGUUUUUAUUAAAAAUAGUCGAAAGAAGCUAUCUUACAACGGUGCCUGUUGCUAUCGUACGCGGUAAACCGGGGCUGAUGUUUCGUCCUUGGCAUGAUUGAUAUGACUUUCUUGUAAUAUGUAUCGAUUGUUUGAUAAACAUUAGAGUACCAAUUUAAUGGAUGUCUAAUCCUUGUAUCAUAAUCACAUAACGUUAUUAAGAAGUUCAUUA